AGAUGCAGUCACACGAGCAGAUUGCCUACCUGGGCCCGAAAGCCUCAUAUACACAUCAGGCAACAUUAAGCGCUUUUGAUUCAGACAACUACACCUUUUCACCGCAGACAACAAUUGAAGAUGUCUUUAGCCAGGUGCAAUCUGGAAAGGCCGGGUUUGGUGUUGUUCCAUUCGAAAACUCGACCAAUGGGUCUGUAGUCUUCACAUUGGAUCUCUUUGCCGACCAGAGUGCAAAACACCCAGAUAUUGUGGUUUGCGGUGAGCGCUAUGUUGAAGUACAUCACUGCUUGCUUGGUCAUCCCGCAGCUUCUGGUCAAGGACAUGCAGCCGGACCAACCAAGGCACUCCAGNGGGGAACCAAAAGCCCAAGCAGUUCUGGCCAUGCGACACCCAUCCCGGGCAAUCCCAAUCCCUGCAACUCGCGUGCAGCUCCAUUGACUUCUCUCUCGCAUAUCAAGAAGCUGUAUUCGCAUCCACAGGCUUGGGGACAGUGCAAGACUUUCUUGUCCUGUUAUCUCAAGGGUGUUGAGCGACAGGACGUCUCGUCCACUUCCCGAGCAGCAGAACUCGUGGCAGCCGAUGAGACAAACACGUCGGCCGCAAUCAGCAGUGGAAUCGCGGCGCAGAUGACCGGCUUGGGUUUCCUGGCACGCGACGUUGAGGACGAAAAGGACAAUGCUACACGUUUCUUCAUCAUUCGGAGAAGAAGUCUCGAGGACACGUCUCCUUCUUCCGACAAGGAGAACGGUCAAUUGCACACUCAGGCAUACAAAUCGCUGCUCUCAUUCACCGUUUCUCACACUGAUGCAGGAGCACUGGCCGAUGCCUUGGCCGUCUUCAAGACUUAUGGCAUCAACUUGACCAGCAUCAACCCUCGCCCAAGCGGGGAGGCGCCCUGGCAUUACAUGUUCUUUGUCGAGUUUUCCGGCAAACGCGGCCAGGCCGCUGUUGACGACACACUGACCGGUCUGGACAAAGUCGUCAGGUCUUGGAGGUGGCUAGGCAGUUGGGAGAAUGCUCUGCAACAGAAGCAA